AUAACAGCCACCUACACAUACUGUAAGGCAGUGUGUUGUCCGUAGUCUUCUUUUCAGUGCAGUUUGGCAGUAGCCAAAAUAUUUAAAGCCAAAUAAAUGUCAACGUUCGACGUAUAGAUGGUCGUUUGUGACUGAAUUAUGUUUGUGUUUACGAUUGAUUAGUGCUGCCUUGACUUGCAUAUGGCGUAUCCCUCUGAAUGAUUUUCUUAGCUGUCACACUUGUUUUAAUGGAUUACCAUUCAGUUACAUUCUCCUCGCAUAACUGACUGUGCAACUGGUAGAUGAACAAGUUUAGAACGCUGUCUUGUCAUUCGGCAUGAACACCAUACCAAGAGGAUGCUAGAAUUCAUCAGUAUGAUCUAUGUCGUCUACACUGCCCCUCAGUUCGCUCGUGACCCGUAGCCAUGCCACCUGCCAUGUAGAUCUUACAAUUACCUCCAUUUAGUUUUUCAAAUGAAAAUGGAGGAUAUGUCUCUGUCAGGCCUAGACAACACCAAGCUAGAGGCCUUGGCUCAGGACAUAUACUCAGACCUUGUUGACGAUGCUUGCUUGGGGCUGUGCUUUGAUGUGCACCGGGCCGUGAAACAAGGCUAUUUCUUCCUGGAUGACACUGACCAAGAAAGCAUGAAGGAGUUUGAAAUCGUGGACCAGCCAGGGGUGGACAUCUUCGGCCAGGUGUUCAACCAGUGGAAGAACAAGGAGUGUGUGUGUCCCAACUGCAACCGAAGCAUUGCUGCAUCACGAUUUGCUCCUCAUCUUGAGAAGUGCAUGGGAAUGGGGAGGAAUAGCAGCCGCAUUGCAAACCGCAGGAUAGCCAGCAGCAACAAUUUAAAUAAGUCAGAGAGUGACCAAGAAGAUAAUGAUGACGUCAAUGACAACGACUGGUCUUAUGGCUCAGAGAAAAAAGCUAAGAAGAGAAGAUCAGAAAAGAAUCCCAAUUCACCCAGAAGAUCCAAAUCAUUAAAGCAUAAAAAUGGGGAGUUCAACAGUAGUGUCAGCACAGACCUGUACAAGUAUAACUAUAACACAGGCAUCAGUUAUGAAACUCUGGGUCCGGAGGAACUGAGAUCUUUGCUGACUACGCAAUGUGGGGUUGUGUCAGAGCACACCAAGAAAAUGUGCACCAGGUCCCACCGGUGUCCCCAGCACACGGACGAACAGAGGAGGGCCGUCAGAGUGUUCCUCCUUGGGCCUUCUGCGUCCAUGCUUCCUGACCCAGACUCGGUGAUGGAGAGCGACGGCUAUGACGUGUCUGACGGACAGGUGCUCAUGGGUCGCCUUCAGUGGGACGGCUCCUCAGACAUCUCCCCCUCAGAUUCAGCCUCAUCCAAAGCUAGUACUACAAACUCCGACUCAAAAAGGACAAAGAAGAAGAAACCGAGUUCUCUGUCCCUGACUGUUGUGGGAGCAGACAGAGGAGAGAGGGAAGACAGAGGAGGAAGGGAAGGUGGGAGUGGAGGAGUAGGAAGCGGUAGCAGUUCCCAGAGUGCACUUGGCCUCCCUGGCCGAAAGAAGAAGCCCAAACUCUCUGCACCUUUGGCUCCUAGUAUCUACGACGACCUGAACUGAGAUGCUCUGUAUUGCACUCCUUAAUUUAACAGCCUGUUUUCGCGUAUCUCUCUCUCUCUUUCCCACAUUGACACACAGAUGCCUUUGUGAUUGAUAAUCAAAGUAGAUGCAAGUUAUCAGUAGCUCAACUUAGGGAUCAGUUAUUUGUCUUUGAGAUGUGCUCACGAAGACACUCCAGAACUAGAGAUGGACCCAGUUAACCCAGAUUUAGUUGAAAUAUUCUUGGAGGUGAGUGUGUCUUUGGUGUUUGGGCCAUCAGGAAUAUAUUUGUGGUAUAAGAAUGAGGACAGAUUCUGCUCAGCUGACAAGGUGAUCAUGUAUAUUUGAUUUUACUCUUUUUCAUUUUGUGUGUGUCAAGUUUGAUUGUAUAAUAAUACAUUUUGAUCAUAUUGGUUCAGUGACUUAUUUUAUUUGUUGUAUAGUGCAAUUACUGUGUGUAUUUUCAUCUGUACCAAAUGUGUGAUGGCCCACAGUUAACUGGGGUGUAACAUCCUACACUCAGUAUCAAUUGUGUGUGUGUGUGUGUGUGUCCACAUUUUCACAUGGAUCAUGAGAGAAAAUAAGCUGUGCAAUCACUUAACUAUGCUGUCCUCAAAUCACUAGUAGUGUAAUACACAGUCUUUCCAUUCUCAGUUGUUUUUUUUCUGAGAAAUUAUGUUACUGAAAUCUCAUGUCAGUCCCUCUUCAAGUGUUUUACUCAGCUGGCUUGCGUAGUUUUGUCUAAUUGUCUUCCACCUUGUGCUUUCUGCUAAAUUGUGCCACACUAACUGUUGUGGGUUGCUGGACACGAAGAGCAACUUACUUUCAUUGGCAUCAGAAGCUCUUUCUGUCUGUAUUUAUUGUAGCGCAGGACUUUUCAAGUUGUGUCUUUUUUUGUUUUGUUUGUUUGCCUGUGGAUCCUGUUUUUAUUAUUUCUAAUUUAACUAUUUUGUAUGCUGUCUGUGUUAUUGUUUGAAUCAACAUAUGCACUUGAAACAAAAUAAUUCCAAACUAUAUUUUAGUGUCCCUAUCUGGUAAAAGUGAUGAAAAUUGUGGUUACUUGACUGUAAUCCCAACAAAAAAAACAAGAAUACUAUAUAUUUUAAGGUUUUGAGGCAUGUUUUGAGGGUUGGGGUCCCUCUAUGUAUGCUAUUGUUUGUAUGCUUGAUACAUUAUGCACCAGUGUUUCAUGCGACACUAGGCAGUGAAACAUGUAAAUAACAAGAAAAAACUAAAGAAAAACAAAAUUAUUUUUCCAUAAUACAUGCAUGUGUGCUGUGAAUGCCCAUGCAUAUUGUGGUGUUGUAUAUAUGCAUUUGUGAAAUAUACGGUAACUCGCUAUUUUGUCCUUUAUCUUUUUAAGGUAGAUUAUUCUGGUCAAUUAAAAAAAAUGUGACUCAGGA